CAAAGUCAAAUUCAUUUCUCAAUCACUUGCAUAUUAUCUUAUCAAAUCUGAACAUCCUGUGAAACUAGAGAAAGAAAGAAAGAGGACCAAAUCGAAAGAAAUAAAAAUAAUGGCACAGAGAAAAGGUGUUUUGAUGCCCAUAAUUGCCCUUGUUCUUGGUGUUAUAGCUGUUGCUCUUAGUUUUCUUGCUUAUUCCCAAAGGAUUAAGGCUGAAGAUGUUGGUUCCAAAAAAAAUGGGGUUUGUGUUUAUCCAAGUAGUCGAGCAUAUGCGUUGGGUAUGGUUGCUGCUAUGUUUCUUUUGGGUGAACAAAUCAUAAUUAGUGUUGCUACCAACUGCUUUUGCUGCUGUGGACCACGCUUUCCUUCAACUUGUACUGCUAUUACCUCUAUAAUUCUCUUCGUCUGUUCUUGGAUAACAUUUGUGAUAGCAUACAUAGGAUUAAUAUACACAGCCAUGCACAACAAAAGCAGUUAUCUAGCAAAAGCAUAUAGUGGAAACAAUGGUAACUUCUGUAAAUUGGAAAAAGAUAAUUUGUUCCUUGGAGCUGCAAUUUGGUGCAUAAUUACCAUCAUUUUAGGUUUAAUCUCUUAUGCUUUCUGGAUGUGUGGUGCAUCCAAUAAAAACAAUAAUUAUCAAUCUAGAUAUGGUAAUUCUGAACAAGGAAUUGCUAUGGGACAACCUCAUACACAACUAGCAAAGGAACAAUAUUGAUGAUGUAAUUUAUGUUAAUUGGUUAAUGUUGUAUACCCAAAUCAAAUACUGCAAGAAAAAUUGUGUUUCAUCUUAGAAGUAUAAUUUUUCCCUUAGAAAGUUUGUUGUGAUCUUAAAGAUUACAUCUUUUGAGCUUAAUUACAUUGUGCCUAAUAUAUGCUGUUAUAUGUGUUUGCUUAAUUAAAUAAUUUGUAUUCUGAUGCAAGAGUUGAUUUGGCUUUUAAACAUCUAAGGGUGCGUUUUUAUCACCUAAAAUCUACCUAUCUAAAUGUAUUGAGCUUGAAUUUAACUUGCUUGAAUAAGAAGAUAUUCCCCCUGUUUUUUUUAUCAUUCUCACCUGGAAUCUUGUCACUAUUCAUGUUUAGAGAGAAUCUUUUCAAUUUUUUUCAAUUUAUAAGAAAUAAUAUAGUCAUGCGGGUCUUCUUUGAUUCGUCUCAAUUAGUACUUUAUUAAUGUUCAAUCGUUAUAUUUUUAAGAUAUUUAAGUUCGAAGAUGUGCAUUGGAAGACGUGUACAAAAAGUGAAAAUGAUAAAAAGAAAGUAGAAGGAGUAUUGUUCUUCAUUCUAGAUUAAACUCUUGUAACCUAUAAUUUUAAUGAUCAUAAGCUCAACUUGAUCGAA